CUAGAUUUGGAGCGACGAUCAGUGAUAAAGUUUUUCACAAAAGAAGGGAAAAAGCCAAAGGAGAUCCAUGAACGCAUGACUGCAGUUUAUGCACAGUGUUGCAGGAGUCUGGAGUCUAUCCCAGGAAGCACAGGGCACUCGGCAGGAAAACACAGGCAGCAGGGGUGCCCAUCUGAACAAUGUACCCAUUCUGUAUCUGAAAGGGCAACUGAAAGAACAGCAUCAGCAACAUGACGUUCACAGAUCUGUCAAGUGAGUAUUGUCCUGGGGACCUGCUGGUCCUCUGGAAAAAAAUAGGGUGGUGCUAAACUAUUUAAAAUAUUUAUUAAAAACAAUAAUUUACAGUUGCCAAACUAAUCUAUACUACUUUUAUUUUGAAUACACUUACAUUUAUUGAUUCUAUUGUUUUUCUACCUAUAUAGUCUAGCUAUUAUAAUGCUGCUGAUUUCAAUCCAGAAUGACCUGUAGUUUUAUGUUGAUAGACAACUGGAUGUUUUUACUGGAGCAGAAACUGGAAGUGGCAACUAGCAAGGUGUACGUCUGAGCCCUUAAAAAUCAAGGAGGGAUUCUAGUCACUGACUCGCAAUUCAACUCGAACUCAAGUCGCAAAUUUGAUAACAUGUAACACAUGUGACUCGACUUGGCAAAACUGAUAGAAAGACUUGGACCUGACUUGGACUUCAGGGGAGAUGACUCGAGACUAAGACCCGACUUGGACCCUAUGACUCAAGAACACUUGAGGUUAUAGUCACCCCUCUGGAUACCAUAACAUUAAUUUUAGAAUUUCAGUGUAUAUAAAUUCUCUGCUGUCUGCAUUUUCAUUUAGCUGAAUGCAAGGUCUCCUGAGAUAGUUUGUUUGAAAGAUGCAUCACUCCCUGCAUAUACAUGGAUGUAAAAAAUGUGUGAAAACAUUCAUGACAGUGUGGAGACUCUCUUUUCAAGGACUUAACUACAAUAUACUGUGGCAGGUUUUUAAUGCAGCAAGAUUUAAUCACUAGAGGCAAAAAACUGACAUAGAUACGGACUCAAGUUACUUGACUCAGAACUCGACUUGGACUCAAAUCACAAAUUUGAUGACUUGUGACUCAACAGCAAAAGUGAUGGAAAGAUAUGAACUCGACUUUGACUUGAGGGCAGAUAACUUGAGACUUGACUUGGGCUUACAAUGAUUUGACUCGAGACUCCCCAAGGAGUGAGUUGGUCCCAUCCCUGUUAAAAACCUUACUAAUCGUUUUUAACUCAGUUGCAGGCAUGUUCCUUUUACACUGUGGCUCCACCACACUGCGAUGAAAUCGGAAUUGAUCUGUUGAGUCACAUAUUUUUCUUCAUUUCAAUCCAAUGACACACCUCGCAAAGCUGCACCUCCAUUUGUAGGAUUCACUUUAUGAUUCGUAGCAUUCGUAAGCAAAUGUAGGCCAAGCCCCUGAAACCAAAGUACUACCCGUCAUUCCAGUUCAUUCAGCACAUCCUCGGGUGUGUGUAACAUAAAUAAUAUCAUAGUCAUCACAUCAAAAAAGUAACUGUACAUUAACAGAAUGAGAAAAACCAUUGUCCUGAAAAUUCAUUUUCCAAGAACCCUUGCUACAGUUUACGUGCACAUGUAAAUGUUUCAUGUGGUUUAGGGUUUAAUGUUUGUCAGGUAAAAUGCGCAUGCACACAUUCCUGGUUAAUAACAGUCUUGCUUGCUGUUACUGCUUUAUUCAUCUAUCUUUAUACUUAACCUAAACCACAGUGAAGUCUGCAGUGAUGCAGUGAUGAAGGGUAUGCAUGAGUGGCACAUGAGCAGUCAGAAUAAGGGCGUCUGCUAAGAAGAUAAAUAAAAAUAAACUCGCUAAGAAUUGCUGCAUCCUCCACUCCCAGUUCAUGGUUAAAAACGUGGACCACAUUUCAACAUGUUUUUCUGAAAACACGUCACACAAUCUUUCCACAGGCAAGGCGGGUAAACCCCGGAAUGGAAGCCUGAAUGUGGCUUUGGCAAAACAGUACAAAACUUAUUUAGAGCCAUUUUCUGGGAUUCAGUUAACGUUUGGAUUUUUAUUCAGCAGGUUUGCGCGACCCAGAGAAUGACAAACAUAAGUUCUUCCCUUUUAAAAUGAAUUAAGAAAUACAUGCAGGAGGAAAACUCAAGUAACACAACUGAAAAUGAUGUUAUACAGUAAGGCAGUUAUUUUAUGCGGUAAUAUUAAAGUUUGAGCGCCUCGUGGCAACGUGCGUCCACGGCUGGGCCACCCCGCGUCCCAUCGCCAGGAGGCGCUGCAGCUCAUUCUGCGCUGCAUGCAGGGCAGCCGGUGUGUAAUGACAAGCAGCAGCGGCAAACUCCGGCUCCCACUGCAGCCGAAACUACAGGACGGGCAGACGCAGUGUCUGUCUCGGCCGCUUUUGCUCAAUGUUGUGUCCGCUAUCUGCCGCCGGUCCGCGGGUCGCUCUCCUUCCCUCCCUCACUUCUGAGAAAUGGACGCGAAGCCGGACGAUUCGGACCGGGGCCGGUGGGGCGAUGACGGCGAGCCCCUGCUGUACGGGGAAUUCACGUCGGCGGCCAGCAGAAAGGUCAGGUACGCGGUGAGCCUGAGCGACACGGCGCUCACCACCCAGCGGAUCACUGCGGCGCCCUCCGGCCGGGGCGCGGCGGUCCUCAACUUGAGAGACUGCGUGGGCUGCCGGGUCUUCAGGGCGGAGGACGACGCGGACCCGGGGGCUUGUUUCUCCGCGUACUUCUACCCCUUUAAGCGGAGAUGGAUGAGCUCCGGAGCGGCUCGCCAGAGGGUGGAGCAGUGCUUUCGGGUGGCGCCGGUCCAGGACCCCCAGGUGAAUCUCCGGGAAGCGGAGCGCUGGGCUCAAGCCAUCAGCCAGGGCUCCAUCCGGCAGCGAGCACCCCGACAAGGUGGAGCGUGUGCUUUUAGAAGAACUGUUUGCAGACAGCUGCUGCUCCUCCAGCUGCUGUCCGGCCGCGGUCAGGCGCUCAGCCUCUUCGUGGGACACGUGCAGCACAUGCUGACGGAGGCCAGCGUCCCCCACACGCUGCUCAUCACCGAGCGGCAGAACCACGCCCGCGAUCUGGUGAGGGAGGCAGACCUGUCUCAGUGGGAUGCCCUGGUCAUCAUGUCAGGGGACGGACUGCUCUUUGAGGUGGUGAACGGACUGAUGGAGCGGGAGGACUGGGAGCAGGCCAUCCAGAUUCCACUGGGGGUUCUGCCCGGUGGCUCGGGGAACGCUCUGGCUGCCUCCAUCCUCCACUACUCCGGGUCCCAGCCGGUGUCUAGCGAGGAGCUGCUGGUGAGCUGCGGCUUCCUGCUGUGCCGGGGCCUGCCGUCGCCCCUGGACCUGGUUUCUGUGAGCCUGGCCUCGGGCACGCGCCUCUUUUCCUUCCUCUCCCUCGCCUGGGGCUUUGUGGCCGACGUGGACAUCGAGAGCGAGAAGUACCGCUACGUUGGCACGGCACGCUUCACCGUGGGGACGCUGGUGCGGCUGGCCUCCCUGCGUGUCUACGAGGGCCGGCUGGCCUACCUGCCCGUCGAGGAGUGCCCAGCCCCGUGCCAGGCCUCCCCGCCCCCCCACGGCCUCGGGAUCUGCUCCUCCUUCUUCUGCCACCCACCCGCGGGCUCGUCCGACCCGACCGCUACGCACACCUUCCACAACUCCUGCAACUCCAACAACUCGACGAAGGCCGAAGUUCCAUCUUCAUCCUCCAGGGGGCCCCCUGACUCCCUCCUGGUGCCACUAGAGCAGCCAGUGCCCAGCAACUGGACUGUAGUGAAGGAGGAGAACUUUGUGCUGGUGCUGGCCAUGUACCAGUCUCACCUGGCCGAGGACUUCAUGGCCGCGCCCGAGGCGGCUGCUGACGACGGCCUCAUACACCUCUACUACGUCCGAGCGGGAAUCUCCCGGGCUGCCCUGCUGCGCCUCUUCCUGGCCAUGGAGAAGGGUGCCCACCUGUCCGCCGGCUGCCCCCACCUGGUCUACAGCAAGGUGCGGGCGCUGCGCUUGGAGCCUCUCUCCCCCAAAGGCGUCAUCACAGUGGAUGGAGAGGUGGUUGAGUAUGGGCCCCUGCAGGCACAAGUGCACCGUGGCCUGGCACGUCUGAUCAUGGGCUAGGGGGUUAUUGACGGAGUGGGAAGGGGGGGCCCUGCACUCACAAUCCAGACGGUCCCGUGGCUCCUCGAUGGCGUAACAGUCUGACCGAACAUGUCCGGGAUCGUAACUGAAACUUCUGAUUCGGGUCGGGGUGUGGUGGGGUCAGGACUUCCCCACCCUUAAUGGCAACACGCAUCCUGUGAUGCUUUUCCAGCCAAGUCGGCCCACAUGCCACCAGAUGCCGGUACCAGGCAUGGGGGCUGUUUGCUGAAUCAGGUGUGAUCCCCGCCAGCUGCUCCUCUGUAGCUCCUAGACACCACGUUAUUUAAACCAUCGUUAUAAAGUCUGUUUUUCGUAAUACUGUUAUACAAUAUGGCUGUGGGGAAGACAUCAGCCCCGAGGGCUAAGAGCAGCUGCUCUCCAGUGUGCAGAGGGGGUGACCUCACUGUCUCCGCUGUUGGACGCUGUGCAUCAUGAAGGAAGCGGUGGUUGGGGGGGGAGGGGCCAUGUUGACAGCCAUGAAGGGCUGUCAUUCUGCAGUAGCUAAACUGCACCCCCCCCAGAUCAAUACCAUUUCUUUCUAUGUGGGGGAGGGGGGUCACCAGGCCAGUCAACAGAAUCUACGUCUAAUCUUCCUCUGCACAUUUUUGAUAGAUAUUGAAAGUGCCCC